CUCGAAGCGCCUUCUCGCUUUGACUUAACAUUUUCUCUGCGCGAAACAAAACAAAACAGAAAAGUAACGGAAUAAACGUGGCUGGUCAGACACUACACUACGCGCAGUGUAUGUUAAUCUUCAAUUGCACGAAGCCAAUGUAGAUGUAGAUGUAGAUAUCCUCGAAGAAUGUUAAACUACGUCCAUUUUUAGUCACUUUGAUGAGCUAGCAUUAGCUAGCUUACCCGUGUUAGCAUUGUGCGGUUUAUCAAGCUGGCGGAAAAACAGGACAAAAUCUGAAGAGGUUUCACGCAAGGAUGUCAGACUCAGACAGUGAUGAGGACCAGGAUCGCCCCUUCUCCAUUGCCGGCUUCCUCUUUGGAAACAUCAAUGAGGAUGGACAAUUGGAAGAUGAUAGCGUUCUGGACAAUGAGUCCAAAAAGCACCUGGCUGGUUUGGGCACUCUGGGCCUGGGGUCACUCAUCACAGAGAUUACUUCCAAUGAGGAUGAAGAAAAGGAAGAAAGCAGAGAUACGGCUAGUGUGGAUGCUGAAGGUUGGGUGAAAAGCACAGACGAUGCAGUUGAUUACUCUGACAUCAGUGAGGUGGCUGAGGAUGAGACUAAAAAGUACCGCCAGGCCAUGGGGAGUUUGCAGCCCAGCAGGAAAACAGAUGACGAGGAUGAUUAUGAUGCCGACUGUGAAGAUAUUGACUCAAAACUCAUGCCUCCUCCACCACCUCCGAGUCUGUCUGCAUCUGGCAAAAAAGAUGAGCCCUCAACACAGAACACAAAUGCCGGUGAAGAUGGCGAUGGCAUCAUCCUUCCUUCAAUUAUUGCGCCGUCUUCAACGGCUGACAAGGUUGAUUUUAGCAGCUCCUCAGAUUCUGAGUCUGAGACGGACCGUCCGUGCCAAGGCUCAGGAUCUGGAGGCCCCCCUGAUAGGCUCAACCUCCCACUUGCCGGCAUCAUGCAGAAAGAUGCCGCCAAAGCACUGCCAAGUGUCACAGAACUCUUCCCAGAGUUUCGGCCUGGAAAGGUUUUAAGAUUUUUACGGCUGUUUGGUCCUGGAAAGAACAUGCCAUCAGUUUGGAGAAGCGCACGCAGGAAGAAGAAGCGGAAACACAGAGACCCUCAGCCUGGGACGCCUCCUCCAGAAGGAGAACCUUCAGAGCAAACUCCGGAGAAGAAGUCUGGGUGGAUUUAUGAGUAUGCACCAGCUCCACCUCCAGAGCAAUGUCUCUCUGAUGACGAGAUAACAAUGAUGGCCCCAGUAGAAUCAAAGUUUUCACAGACUUGUGGCGAUGGAGACAAGGAGGCAGAGGCUCGGCCUAAAGUAGCAGAGUGGAGAUACGGACCAGCACAGCUCUGGUACGACAUGCUGGGCGUCCCUGAGGAUGGACGUGGUUUCAACUACGGGUUCAAACUCAAGGAAACACCAUCCGACGAGCCUCAGAAAGAGGAUACACCGAAAGAAACAACACAGACCAGUCAAGAGGUUCAGGAGGUUGAUGACGAUGAUAACAACAACGAAAGCAUCAACAAUAAAGAUGACAGCGAUGCAGACACAGACGGGAGGAAUCUAGAGAACGAGGUCUUCUUGAUGGUCACCCAGCUGCAGUGGGAGGAUGAUAUCAUUUGGAACGGAGAGGAUGUAAAACACAAAGGCACCAAAACCCAGCGAGCCAGCCUUGCAGGGUGGCUGCCCUCGAGCAUGACUCGCAAUGCCAACGCGUACAAUGCACAGCAGGGUUUGACAAGAAGCAAUUCCCAGCUGGUGCCACCUACACCUCCACCCAUGCCCAAAGUUUCUUCAAUCUCUGGCUCUAAGCGGGAAAAGACUGGCCAUGACAAUCACUCAUCUCAUGAGGAUGACUGUCUUUGGUACUCCAUUUUCCCCAUUGACAAUGAAGAGUUGGUGUACGGACGCUGGGAAGAUAACAUCAUCUGGGAUGACCAAGAGAUGGAUCACUUGCUCGCACCGCCAGUUCUCACGCUGGAUCCAAAUGAUGAGAAUAUUAUCCUAGAAAUCCCAGAUGAAAAGGAGGAGACGACCUCCCACUCUCCAUCAAAAGAGAAUAAAAAGGAAACUGCAAUCAAGAAGAGUCGCAUCCUGCUGGGAAAGACUGGCGUGAUAAAAGAUGAGCCACAGCAGAACAUGUCCCAACCCGAAGUGAAGGACCCUUGGAACCUUUCCAAUGACGAGUUCUACUAUCCCAAGCAGCAAGGCCUGAGGGGAACCUUUGGUGGCAACAUUAUUCAGCACUCCAUCCCGGCACUGGAGCUGAGGCAGCCAUUCUUCCCCACUCACAUGGGCCCCAUGAAGCUUCGCCAGUUCCAUCGACCGGCCCUGAAGAAGUAUUCAUUCGGCGCUUUGGCUCAGCCGGGCCCUCACGCCGUCCAGCCGCUGCUCAAACACAUAAAGAAGAAGGCAAAGAUGAGAGAGCAGGAGCGCCAGGCGGCAGGAGGAGGAGACAUGUUCUUCAUGCGAACCCCGCAGGACUUGACAGGCAAAGAUGGAGAUCUGAUCCUGGCAGAGUACAGUGAGGAAUACCCUCCCCUGGUCAUGCAGGUCGGCAUGGCCACCAAGAUCAAGAACUACUACAAAAGGAAACCUGGAAAAGAUCCUGGAGCGCCCGACUGUAAAUACGGAGAGACAGUUUACUGCCACACGUCGCCGUUCCUGGGUUCUCUGCAUCCUGGACAGCUUCUUCAGGCGUUUGAAAACAACCUCUUCCGCGCCCCCAUCUACCUGCACAAGAUGCCCGAGACAGAUUUCCUGGUUCUGCGAACGCGUCACGGCUACUACAUCAGAGAGCUUGUGGACAUUGUUGUUGUCGGUCAGGAGUGCCCGCUGUUUGAAGUUCCAGGGCCAAACUCUAAACGAGCCAACACCCAUAUCAGAGACUUCCUACAGGUCUUCAUCUACCGCUUGUUCUGGAAGAGCAAAGACCGUCCCCGCAGAAUCCGCAUGGAGGAUAUCAAGAAAGCUUUUCCCUCCCACUCCGAGAGCAGCAUCAGGAAGAGGCUUAAACUAUGUGCCGACUUCAAACGCACAGGAAUGGACUCGAACUGGUGGGUGUUGAAGCCCGAUUUCAGGCUGCCGACUGAAGAAGAGAUCCGAGCCAUGGUGUCUCCAGAGCAGUGCUGUUCCUACUACAGCAUGCUGGUGGCAGAACAAAGGCUCAAGGAUGCUGGGUAUGGAGAGAAAUCCUUCUUUGCGCCAGAGGAGGAGAAUGAAGAAGACUUUCAAAUGAAGAUUGAUGAUGAGGUGCGGACCGCUCCGUGGAACACAACACGAGCUUUCAUUUCUGCCAUGAAAGGGAAGUGCCUGCUGGAGGUGACAGGUGUGGCUGAUCCUACUGGCUGUGGAGAGGGAUUCUCCUACGUGAAAGUUCCCAACAAGCCCACUCAGACCAAGGAUGACAAAGAGCCUCAGCCAGUGAAGAAGACAGUGACGGGGACAGACGCUGAUCUGAGAAGGCUCUCACUGAAGAAUGCAAAACAGCUGCUGCGCAAGUUCGGUGUUCCUGAGGAAGAGAUCAAGAAGCUCUCCCGUUGGGAGGUCAUUGACGUGGUGAGAACCAUGUCCACAGAGCAGGCGCGCUCAGGCGAGGGGCCCAUGAGCAAGUUUGCCAGAGGCUCUCGCUUCUCUGUCGCUGAGCACCAGGAGCGCUACAAGGAGGAAUGCCAGAGGAUCUUUGAUCUGCAGAACAAAGUGCUGGAAUCCACCGAGGUGCUGUCCACAGACACAGACAGCAGCUCAGCAGAGGACAGUGACUUUGAGGAGAUGGGGAAGAACAUCGAGAACAUGCUCCAGAACAAGAAGACCAGCUCCCAGUUGUCCCGAGAGAGGGAGGAGCAGGAGCGGAAGGAGCUGCAGAGGAUGCUGAUGGGUGAGGAGAGCGAUCGGGACAACAAAGGACGCAAGGAGCGGCGCAAAGGCUUGUCAAGUUCCCUGUCCACGGGCUCCCACAAAGACGACGACACGUCCUCCGUCACCAGCCUGAACUCCUCAGCCACCGGGCGGCGACUCAAGAUCUAUCGCACCUUCAGGGAUGAGGACGGGAAGGAAUAUGUUCGCUGUGAAACGGUGCGGAAAGCAUCCGUCAUCGACGCCUACACCAGGAUCAGAACAACCAAGGAUGAUGAAUUCAUCCGAAAGUUCGCCCUCUUCGAUGAGCAGCACAGGGAGGAGAUGAGGAAGGAGCGCCGGCGUAUUCAAGAGCAGCUGAGGAGACUGAAGAGAAACCAAGAGAAGGACAAGAUCAAGGGACCCCCAGAGAAGAAGGCCAAGAAGGUCAAAGAGAGACCAGACCUCAAGGUAAAACUGAAGUGCGGCGCUUGUGGUGCCAUCGGACACAUGAGGACCAACAAGUUCUGCCCGCUGUACUACCAAACCAACGCACCCCCCUCCAACCCGGUGGCCAUGACAGAAGAGCAGGAGGAGGAGCUGGAGAAAACCGUCAUCCACAACGACAACGAGGAGCUCAUCAAGGUGGAGGGCACCAAGAUCGUGCUGGGAAAACAACUCAUCGAAAGUGCCGAUGAGGUGAGAAGAAAGUCUUUGGUGCUCAAGUUCCCCAAACAGCAGCUGCCACCAAAGAAGAAGAGACGCGUCGGCAGCGCCGUCCACUGUGACUACCUGAAUAAACCACACAAGGCCAUUCAUCGCAGACGCACAGACCCCAUGGUGACCCUGUCCUCCGUGCUGGAAAGCAUCAUCAAUGACAUGCGAGAUCACCCCAAUACAUACCCGUUUCACACACCGGUCAACGCCAAGGUCGUGAAGGACUACUACAAGAUCAUCUCCCGCCCCAUGGACCUGCAGACGCUUCGGGAAAAUGUCCGAAAGAGGAUGUACCCAUCGAGGGAGGAGUUCCGUGAAGCAGUGGAGCUGAUAGUCAAAAACAGCGCCACCUACAAUGGUGCAAAACAUCCAAUAACACAAGUUGCCCAGUCCAUGCUGGACCUGUGUGAUACUAAACUCAAAGAGAAGGAGGACAGGCUGGUGAGGCUGGAGAAAGCCAUAAACCCCCUGCUGGAUGACGACGAUCAGGUGGCGUUCUCCUUCAUCCUGGACAACAUUGUGACCCAGAAGAUGAUGAUCGUUCCUGAGUCGUGGCCGUUUCACCAUCCUGUCAACAAAAAGUUUGUGCCGGAUUAUUAUAAGGUCAUCGUGAACCCCAUGGACCUGGAGACCAUUCGCUCGAACAUCUCCAAACAUAAAUACCAGAACCGAGAGACCUUCCUGGCAGAUGUCAGUGUCAUCCAUGCCAACAGCAUCAAGUACAACGGGAUAGACAGUCCUUACACCAAGACGGCCAUGGAGAUCAUCAAUGUGUGCAAGCAGACUUUAGCAGAGUACGACGAGCACUUGACUCAGUUGGAGAAGGACAUCUCGACUGCUAAAGAAGCGGCUCUGGAUGCGGCGGACCUGGAGAGUCUUGACCCAAUGACACCCGGGCCUUACACACCCCAGCCUGCUGAUCUGUUUGACAGCGGGCCUUCAGGGAGUCUGCCCAGAGAGCCCAGCGGCCUUUUCUCUGAGGGACCUCUAGUGGUUGCUCCAGAGAAGAGAGGGGGGCAGGGACGCCACGGUCGGAGACCCGGAGAAGAGGAGUCGGAUGUGGACAUCGAAGGCUUUGAGGAGGAAGACGAUGGCAAACCCAAGACUCCUGCUCCUGCAGAGGAUGCAGAAGAUCUGGAGGACGAUGAUGACGAAGAGGACAUGUUGCUGCCCCCUCGGAGGCGCCUGCACGAGCACGAGGAGGAGGAAGAGGAUGAAGAGGAGGAGGGAGACGACGGGAGAUCCAGCCGUCCAGCUCAGGCCAGCGUUCUGUAUCAGGACCUGCUCAUGUCCGACGGGGAGGACGAUGCCAGCGAGGAGGAGGGGGACAACCCUUUCUCCUCCAUCCAGCUGUCAGAGAGCGGCAGUGACUCUGACAGAGACAUCGACGUGCGACCGCCGCCUCCACGGAGAACUCAGGAGACGGCCCGCAUGGGCAUGGAGCAGGACGAGAGCAUGAUGUCGUACGAAGGUGACGGGCCCGAUGAGGUGCACAUGGAGGACAGCAACGUCAGCUACGGCAGCUACGAGGAGACGGAAAGCCGGAGCCAGAUGCAGCCUUCCAACAUGGGAAACGGGGAGGAGUACGGCAUCAGCGAAGAGGAGGAGGAGGACGAAGAAGAUGAAGCUCGGAGGAGAGGCCCGGCUGUGCUCUCCCAAGUUCAGCUCAGUGAAGACGAGGAGAGCGAAGAGUUCAGGUCCAUCGGGGGAGACAGUGACAUGGACUCCGACAAUUAAAUCCCUUUUUUUAUUUUGAGUUUGAUUCUUAUUUCCUCGAGCGAUCCCGCGAAAACACUGUUUUUAAUCCAAGUUUUAAAACUGAGAAAAAUGUGACUUUUUCCUCAGGUGAAUAUGUACUGUCCUCAUUUUGUAAAUGAACCUUAAUGUUUAUAGUUUUCUCUUAAAGCUCUGUUGUAUGUCAGAGAUAAAAAAAAGACAGCAUGUUGUAUAUUUACAUUUGCUUUUUA